GGCGCGGAAUGAAGGGGGAGGGCUGAGGGGCGAUUGGGCAACCGGGCUGAGCAAACAGAAGGGGUCAAGGAUUGUGCUCGGCCAGCCCCGCGGGAGAUAUAGGGGCGCCGGGCGCAGAGAGGCAACGCAGAAGCCGGUCGGUCUGUGCUCUGCGCUCCGCGUCACAGACCGGGGAAGAUGAGGCCCGCUGUCCGCGCUCUGUUAGCCUGCGCGGUUCUGGGGCUGUGUCUGGCGGACCCCGAGAGAACUGUGAGAUGGUGCACAAUUUCAACUCAUGAGGCCAGUAAGUGUGCCAGUUUUCGUGAAAACAUGCUUCGUGUCUUUGAGACUGGUCCUUUUGUCUCCUGUGUGAAGAAAACCUCACACAUGGAUUGCAUCAAGGCUAUCAUGAAUAACGAAGCAGAUGCUGUGACAUUGGAUGGAGGCUUGGUGUAUGAGGCAGGCCUGAAGCCCAACAACCUGAAGCCUGUAGUGGCAGAGUUCCAUGGGACAAAAGAGAACCCGCAAACUUUCUAUUAUGCUGUGGCGGUGGUGAAGAAGGGCACUGAAUUCAACCUGAAUGAGCUCAAAGGCAAGAAGUCCUGCCACACAGGCCUCGGCAGGUCCGCUGGGUGGAACAUCCCCAUGGGCAAACUUUAUAAGCAAUUGCCUGAUCCACAGGAAUCUAUUCAGAGAGCUGCGGCCAACUUCUUCUCGGGCAGCUGUGUCCCCUGUGCGGAUCAGUCAUCAUUUCCCAAACUGUGUCAACUGUGUGCGGGGAAAGGGACAGACAAGUGUGCCUGCUCCAACCACGAACCAUACUUCGGCUACUCAGGGGCCUUUAAGUGUCUGUCGGAGGGCGGUGGGGACGUGGCCUUUGUCAAGCACUCAACGGUAUUGGACAACCUGCCUAACCCAGACGACAGGAAAAACUAUGAGCUGCUCUGCGGGGACAACUCCCGGAAGCCUGUGGAUGAUUACCAUGAAUGCUACUUGGCAAAGGUCCCUUCCCACGCGGUUGUGGCUCGAACCGUGGGCGGCAAGGAGGAUGUGAUCUGGGAACUUCUCAAUCACGCCCAGGAACAUUUUGGCAAAGAUAAACCAGACAACUUCCAACUCUUCCAAUCCCCUCAUGGGAAGGAUCUGCUAUUUAAGGACUCUGCUGAUGGGUUUUUAAAGAUUCCUUCUAAGAUGGAUUUCGAGCUGUACUUGGGAUAUGAAUAUGUCACUGCUCUUCAUGAUGAUUACCAUGAAUGCUACUUGGCAAAGGUCCCUUCCCACGCGGUUGUGGCUCGAACCGUGGGCGGCAAGGAGGAUGUGAUCUGGGAACUUCUCAAUCACGCCCAGGAACAUUUUGGCAAAGAUAAACCAGACAACUUCCAACUCUUCCAAUCCCCUCAUGGGAAGGAUCUGCUAUUUAAGGACUCUGCUGAUGGGUUUUUAAAGAUUCCUUCUAAGAUGGAUUUCGAGCUGUACUUGGGAUAUGAAUAUGUCACUGCUCUUCAGAAUCUUAGAGAAAGUAAACCCCCGGACACCUCAAAGGAUGAGUGCAAGGUGAAGUGGUGUGCAAUUGGUCACCAUGAGAGGACAAAGUGUGAUCGGUGGAGUGGGUUCAGUGUCGGGGCAAUAGAGUGUGAAACAGCAGAAAACACUGAAGAGUGCAUCGCCAAGAUCAUGAAAGGAGAAGCUGAUGCCAUGAGCUUGGAUGGAGGCUACCUCUACAUAGCAGGCAAAUGUGGCCUGGUGCCUGUCCUGGCAGAGAACUAUGAAACUGGGGGUGGAAAUUGUAAGGACACACCAGAAAAAGGGUAUCUUGCUGUGGCUGUGGUUAAAUCAUCAGAUGCUGAUCUCAACUGGAACAAUCUGAAAGGCAAGAAGUCCUGCCACACUGCAGUAGACAGAACCGCUGGCUGGAAUAUCCCCAUGGGUUUGCUCUACAACAAGAUUAAUAACUGUAAAUUUGAUGAAUUUUUCAGUGCAGGUUGUGCACCUGGAUCUCAGCGAAAUUCCAGUCUCUGUGCUCUGUGCAUUGGCUCAGAGAAGGGUUCAGGAAAGGAGUGUGUUCCCAACAGCAAUGAAAGAUACUAUGGCUAUACAGGGGCUUUCAGGUGUCUGGUGGAGAAGGGAGAUGUGGCCUUUGUGAAGCACCAGACUGUCUUACAGAACACUGAUGGAAAGAAUGAUGAACCAUGGGCAAAAAAUCUGCAGAAGGAAAAUUUUGAACUACUGUGCAAGGAUGGCAGCAGGAAAUCUGUGGAGGAGGCUGAGAGCUGCCAUCUGGCCCGAGCCCCGAAUCAUGCUGUGGUCUCACGGAAAGAUAAGGCAACUUGUGUGGAGGAAAUAUUAACCAAACAGCAGGAGGAAUUUGGAAAAUCUGUAACCGACUGCACGAACAAUUUUUGUUUAUUCCAUUCAAGUUCCAAGGACCUUCUGUUCAGGGAUGACACUAAAUGUUUGGCUUCAAUUGCGAAAAAAACAUAUGACUCCUACUUAGGGGAUGACUACGUCAGAGCUAUGACUAACCUGAGACAAUGCUCAACCUCAAGUGAGUAGGAGGAACAGCAUGGGGAACCU